AUGGAUCCAUUAGGCGGAGAGGAAUGUCACAGCAGUGAAUCUGGAUGGACCAUGUAUAUUGGGUCCCCUAUGGAAGAUGGUGGACAUAGCGAUGAUGGUGACAACAGUGACCAAGAAGGUAUUCAAACUAAUCCACAAGAUGAUGAUGAUGAAAGUGAUGAUUCUAUGGCUUCUGAUGCCUCUUCUGGGCCAAGUCAUCUUGGGAUUAAUCAUGGCUUUGGGGAUUUUCAGCAAGAUGCUGAAGAGGAAUAUGAUGCAGACAAGUGUUGCUUACAGAAGAAAGCAAAAAAAACCCAACACAAGCAAAUGGAAGGGAAAAAGGUGGAAAAAAAAGGGAUGUUAUUCGUUGAUAGGAAAGAUAAGCCUCCUGUUCAGGGCUGUGGCAAGGUGAGAAAAAAUUACUUUGUGGAGAAAAGGAAAAAAUAG